GGGUGACGUCUCCCGCGGGCGUCGGGCAGGGUCGGCGGCGUCGGCAGCAGUGGCGGCGGCGGCGGUGGGAAAUGGCGGAGUAUUUGGCCUCCAUUUUCGGCACCGAGAAAGACAAAGUCAACUGUUCAUUUUAUUUCAAAAUUGGAGCAUGUCGUCAUGGAGACAGAUGCUCUCGGUUGCACAAUAAACCGACCUUUAGCCAGACCAUCUUGAUUCAAAACAUCUAUCGUAAUCCCCAAAACAGUGCACAGACGGCUGACGGCUCACACUACCAUUGCCCUCUUGAACAUUUACCGUAACCCUCAAAACUCUUCCCAGUCUGCUGACGGUUUGCGCUGCGCUGUGAGUGACGUCGAGAUGCAGGAACACUAUGACGAAUUUUUUGAGGAGGUUUUUACAGAAAUGGAGGAGAAGUACGGUGAAGUUGAGGAGAUGAAUGUCUGCGAUAACCUUGGAGACCACCUAGUCGGGAACGUGUACGUCAAGUUCCGCCGUGAGGAAGACGCGGAAAAGGCCGUGAUCGACCUGAACAACCGCUGGUUUAACGGGCAGCCCAUCCACGCGGAGCUCUCCCCGGUGACCGACUUCCGAGAGGCGUGCUGCCGCCAGUACGAGAUGGGGGAGUGCACACGAGGCGGCUUCUGCAACUUCAUGCACCUGAAGCCCAUUUCCAGAGAGCUGCGGCGGGAGCUGUACGGACGUCGGCGCAAGAAGCAUAGAUCGAGGUCCCGGUCCCGGGAGCGUCGCUCUCGGUCUAGAGACCGUGGCCGUGGCGGCGGCGGCGGCGGUGGCGGCGGCGGCGGCGGGGGACGGGAGCGCGACAGGAGGCGGUCGAGAGACCGAGAGAGAUCUGGGCGAUUCUGAGCCGUGCCGUUUUUACCGUAUGUCUGCUAGACAGUGUUGUAGUUGAUUGACCAAACCAGUUCAUAACGGGAAUUUUUUUUAAAAAACAACAAAAAAAAACAAAGAUGGGUUUCUGAAUAAAAUUUGUAGUGAUACAGUA